AUGUUGGCUUUAUCUGUGGAAAAUAAAUCGGCUUCAAUUAGAAAAGGAUUUAUGUGGAUUUACUCAGAAUACGAAACCUUAAAACGUGAUGGAAAGAAUUUCUUUUUUGGAAGCACUUUACUUGUUGUUAAAAGAGUGAUAAGGGAAUGGUUUCGCUUCUUCUCGGUAAGACGAAGUAAAGAUCCGAAUCAAAAGUAA